AGCAGACCUGCAGUCCCAGACCGAAGGAGCAGAAGAAGAAAAACUGAAGCAUAAUGGAAAUUCUUCAGCUCAUCACAGCUGCAUCAUUGCUGUGUGCCGUCUCCUCUCUCCCUGAGCGUCAGCCUCGUUUUGUCAAUGAACUGAAGACCUGGACCGAAGCUCAGAGUUUCUGCAGAGAAAAGUACACCGACCUGGUGACCAUAAGCAGCAUGGAGGACGUGACAGAGCUGAACAACAUGGUCGAUCUGAACACGAUGGUCUACAUGAACGGAAAAUUCAGAACACGAGCCUGGAUUGGUUUGUUUGAUGACGUGGACAGCUGGAGGUGGAUCACCUCUGACACAAACAUCUACAAAGACGGAGAAGCUCAGUUCACAAACUGGGAAGAUGGUGAACCAAACAACUACGCAAGUAAACAAAACUGUGGAAUGAUACUGGAAAAUGGAGUCUGGAACGACGAAGACUGUGAGAAAUACUACAAAACAGUCUGCUAUGAUGCUCAAGGGCAGGAUGCUUCAUUUAUCUUCAUCAACCAAAGUAUGACCUGGGCUGAAGCUCUGAGCUACUGCAGAGAGCAUCACACAGACCUGGCCAGUGUGGGAAACACGACGGAGAAUGAGGAGAUAAAGGCGGUGAUACAAGCAGGAGGAGAGCCUGGAGCCUGGAUCGGUCUUUACAGAUUCUCCUGGACGUGGGUGGAUGGUAGCAUCUUCUCAUUUCAACACUGGAGAUCAGGAGAACCUAACGGAGCAACUGAGAACUGUGUAUUAGCAGUGAUGGAAGACGGAGGAAAAUGGCAGGACUUGUCUUGUGACUCAAAAUUUCCUUUUUUCUGCUAUGGUGUUCCAGUUUCAAAGCAGGCGGUGAAGGUGAAGCUGGUGAAGACCUCCUCCCUGGACCUCAGUGACCCUGCUGUGGCUGAAGCGCUGCUGAAGCAGUUGGAACAGAAGCUGAAGGACAGUGGAGUGGAUGGAGAAGUAAAGCUGAGCUGGAGGAGCCAACCAGAUGGGCAGAUCUUCCACAAGGACCAAUAAGCUUCAAACAGGAAGACUUGUCUCCUUAAAAUACAUCCUGUCCUUUAUUCUUUAUUAAUCUGUUUAUCUUUUAUUUAAUGAUCAGAAUCCUCUUAAAGGAAGCAAGUAGUAUAUUUGAUAUAUGUGUGACGUAAUUUAAAAAUCACUUUAGUUGUUGCU